AUGAAGGAACCUGUUCUGCCUGAUAGUUUGACUGAACAUGCAGAAUUCUGUCGUUAUGCUACCAUGCUUAUACGCUUGGUUGUUGGAACUCUAUCAGAUGGUGUAUUGUCCGGUGAUAUGUCAUUGGAACGUGUUCGUAGAGCGGAGAUUGUUGCUAAAACAAGGAUUCAAUGGGAUCAAGAAGAAUUAUUAGAAUUGAUAUAUUGUCAUUUACAAAGCAAAGGUGAUUAUAUAUACAUAUACAUAUAG